AUGUCCUUAAAACGUAUUAAUAAAGAAUUAUCAGACUUAGGCAGGUAUGUGUUAUUAAUAUUAUUCAGUAAUAAUCCACAGUUAGUUUUAGUUUUGGUUUCUUAUUGAGCAUUUUCAAAUUUGCUGGAAUGUUCUAAAAUUUCAAAUCAUCAACAGCAAAUAGUCCAACAAGUUCAGCAUCAGCACCUAUUUAAUGAUGAUUCUAUUCAUUCAGAUAAUAAAUUAAAACCGUUGGUCGACUUUUUAGUUCGAAAUUACUAACUUUUACUUUUUUUUAGAGAUCCUCCAUCAAGUUGUUCAGCAGGUCCAGUUGGUGAUGAUUUAUAUCAUUGGCAAGCUUCUAUUAUGGGACCGCCAGAUUCUCCAUAUGCUGGUGGUGUAUUUUUCUUAUCAAUACACUUUCCAACAGAUUAUCCUUUCAAACCUCCUAAAAUUGCAUUUACAACUAAAAUUUAUCAUCCAAAUAUUAAUUCAAAUGGUAAUAUCUGUUUAGAUAUUUUGAAAGAUCAAUGGAGUCCAGCUUUAACAAUUUCUAAAGUUUUAUUAUCAAUUUGUUCAUUAUUAACUGAUGCUAAUCCUGAUGAUCCAUUGGUUCCUGAAAUUGCUCAUAUCUAUAAACAAGAUAGAAAAAAAUAUGAAGCUACUGCUAAAGAAUGGACUAAAAAAUAUGCUGUUUAA